AUGAUAUGCUUGGUCGGAGCUGUUCCAUCAAAGUUCGGUACUACUCACAUUGCCGCUUCGACGCUUAAUCCAACCUUGCGUGCUUCCAACUUAAAAUCUGAGGCUACAGAAUUUUGCUGGUCUUCCAAUUUUUAUUAUUUGGAUGCUCCGGAUGUUCUGUGUUUUGUCGAUAUUCUGAAUCCGUGUUUUUUGGAUGCUCUGAAUUUUCUAUAUUUGUCAUUCAAUAUUUUAGGAAAUACUUGGUUGACCCUAAAAGUUCAUCAGUUUGUUCUAUUGUAUUUCUUUCUCUCCAUGGUUCUUGAUCGUGAUUCUGUGGACAUUCAUUCUGCUAUUGAUUCUGAAGAUACUUCAGAAAACAAUAAAACAAUUUGUUUGGAAAUUUUGGACUCACUUAAAACUUGUUUUUACCAAAAAUCAGAAAUCAAACAAUCACUUUAUAGAGGAUUGAUUAGAGUGACUUCACACAACAGUGAAUUGUGUGUUUGCGUCAAUAGUUUGUUAUUGGACCACAURAGUUUAUGGUGUAAUAGACUUGUAGUUGCAGAAAACAAAAAAUCAUUAAAAUUUGACAAGUCAAUAGUCAUAGGAAAAGAUAAUAAGCCUGUAAUACAUGAACCGUUAGAUGAGUUGAUUUUACUAGCUCAACAUGUACUGGUUACAAAUAUGAAGCUUAAUGAUAACAUAGAGUAUGCAAAAAUUGAGGAAUUAAAACAAUUACUCUGUCAACUAGUGAAUUUCUAUAGUGAAUGUAAUACAGAUGAAAUAAAAGUGAAUGAAAACGAUUGUUUACUAGAUAUAAUGUGUGAUAUAAAAGAACAUAUGGAUGUUACCAAACAAGUYUUGUGUGUUUACCAAGCAUUUAUGGUUUAUAUUGUAAAUUCAUGGUGUAGUUCUGACCAAGAUAAAGAAUGCUGUGAAAAACUACAGAAAUUAUUUUCUAAAUACAAUAAUAUUUUAGAAGCCAUUAUGGCAUCAGAUAAAACUAAUAAGAAGAAGGAUAAAGGAAAUAAAAAAAAUAAAACUGAAACAACUGGAACAACAACAAAAUUURUUGAACCUGCUAUUCACUUAGAAUUUAAUUUACUGUACAAGUUUCUUUCUUUACUUACUAAAAAUGUCAAUUGGGCAUCUGAAAUAAAUGUURUAUCAUUAAAACAAAAUGCAAGAUUAUGGGAAUUUGUGUUAAAACUGGUACAAACACAUUUGUUGGAAGUGAAAAAUUUGCUUUCGCGUGACAUAAAACCUCGUAAUUUGUACGAAAAUAUAUGUAAAUUGACAAAAUUGCUUUACGACUAUUUUCUAUUUGAUGUUCGUGAAAAAAUUAAAUUCAGUCAAACGGUUCUUGAAUUGGGAUUGGAUUGUUAUUUACAAUCAAUUAAACUCGUCAAUUCUUAUUAUAAGAAUUUGAGUAAAUUUUUCUCUGACUCCAACAAAGACGAUUCAAAUGACGGAUCAGAAGAAAUAUUCAGUGUGCUGCGUAAUAUGAGAUUAUAUUUGGAUGAAAUAUCCCAUAAAUCCAACCAGUCACAAAUGCGGCCAUUGAAAUUAAUAACAACUUGGAACAGAGCAAUGAUAUGUCCUGUCUUGUGUCAAAGCCUGUGUAAUGAGUUAAACUAUGUCAUGCAAUGCUUAUCWCGAAUCAAGGCUGAGYUGAAUGCAUCACAAAGAAAAAUUAAGAUUAUUUGUCAAGACCGACUGAAAUCACGAGAAAAAGCCAUCUGUCAUCGUAUUGUUUUAGUGGUGUUGUCUGUAACUUCAUUUACGAGAUCAGUUAUCCCAUUAGGCCAAUGUACAGAGUCUGUUUUCAAUUUAUUGUAUCAAGUCUAUAAGACCAUAAAUGUGGUUACCAAACAUUUUCUGUCACGUUCCACCRUACAYGAACCGGUUUACAAGCAAGCUUUAUUGGGAAAAUUGUCCGAAAUUGUCAAUGAUCAACUGUCGCCAAAUGUUUCUAAGUUUAUCAUGUUCAUAGAAUAUGAUAGACCAUUGACAGAUAAGGAGAAAAAGUCUGUUCAAUUAAAAAAUCAAACUCGUCGUCAAGCAUCUUAUAUUCCCAGAGUGGUCACUGAAUUGGAACUAUUUGUGAACCUAAUUACUAAAUUGGGGAAAAAAUGCAAGGAUCAGAGCUUGUUAAAUAAUCUCAAACUAACUGCUACCCGUGACUUCAGGCUCAAUGUACAAAAAGUUCAGGAUAUGCUUAGCAAACAAAAUAAUUCAGAUGAAAGCGAUGAAGAAAUCAUUUGUAACAAAAGACCUAAUGAAGUUGAAGAGCAACCACCUAAGAAGAAAAGAAGGUCUGGUUCAAAUACAUCUGUGGCAAUUGGUGGAGAAACAUCAACUAACUAAUUUAUUAUUUUUAAAUUGAUAUUUUCUUAUUAAAACAGAACUAUAUUUUUUACUUCUCCAGAAUAUA